GGAGAGGGAUUUCAGGUUAGGUUGCGGCGGCCGUCAGUUAGUGGCGAUUGUCGGUUGACACUAAAUUAAAGGUAGAGAGAAGGCGGUUGGUGUAAUUUUCUGUCAUGUCGGCCUCAGGAGCGUUGUUCCCCAGCCUGGUAGCCGGGAGCCGAGGCUCUUCCAGUAAAUACCUGGUGGAGUUCCGAGCCGGCAAGAUGUCGCUGAAAGGCUCGACAGUGACUCCGGACAAGCGCAAGGGGCAGGUUUAUAUCCAGCAGACCGAUGACUCCCUGAUUCACUUCUGCUGGAAGGACCGCACCGCCGGCACCGUGGAGGAUGACCUGAUCAUUUUUCCUGAUGACUGUGAAUUUAAGCGAGUUACCCAGUGUACUACUGGACGUGUGUUUGUGCUGAAGUUUAAGUCAGGAUCCAAACGUCUUUUCUUUUGGAUGCAGGAGCCCAAAUCUGAUAAAGAUGAAGAGUUCUGCCGAAAAGUGAAUGAAUAUCUAAACAAUCCACCAAUGCCUGGUGCUUUGGGUGGUGGUAGCAGCAGUGGGGGUCAUGAGCUAGCCGCACUUGGAGGAGAAAGUGGAUUGCAAAGUCUUUUGGGUAACAUGAGUCAUAACCAGCUGAUGCAGCUGAUGGGAGCAACCGGUUUAGGUGGACUUGGUAGUCUGGGAGCUUUAGCAGGCCCUGCUGGUCUUGCUGGCUUGCUUGGCAGUGGAGGCCCAACAGCUGCUGGUAGUUCUUCAAGCUCCCGAAGCCAGUCCGCAGCCAUCACUCCAUCCUCUACAGCUUCAGCAGUUCGCAUGACUUCAGUGCCUUCUGUUGCUGCUGCAACAACACCAGUACCAGCCCCCACUGUAGCAUCCACGACUGUGCCGGCAGUGGCAGCAGCAGGUCUUACAACACCAGCAGCAUCAAACGCAGGUUCUGCAUCUGCAUCUGCAUCUGCAUCUGCAUCUCCAUCUGUUACAGCAUCUGGGUCUGCAACAAGUCCAACUCAACCCAUUCAGCUGCGUGACUUGCAGAGUAUCUUGGCUAGCAUGACUGUUCCUGCUGCAGCAGAAGGGACAGGACAGCAAGCUGUGGAUUUAUCCAGUGUAUUGACACCAGAAAUCAUGGCUCCUAUUCUGGCAAAUUCAGAGGUUCAGGAGCGAUUAUUACCAUACCUUCCAACAGGAGAGUCGCUGCCUCAGCCUGCAGAAGAAAUUCAGAAUACAUUAACAUCUCCUCAGUUUCAACAGGCCAUGAGCAUGUUCAGUGCAGCCCUGGCUUCGGGACAGUUAGGUCCAUUAAUGAGUCAGUUUGGUUUGCCAGCAGAGGCUGUAGAAGCAGCUGGAAAAGGAGAUGUGGAAGGAUUUGCCAAAGCAAUGCAACACAAUUCAACAUCCUCAAAGACAAAACUUGAUGACAAGGAAGGAGAUAGUGAGUCAAAGGACAAAAAGGAUGAAGAGGAAGAUAUGAGUUUGGACUGAAAUUAUUACUCUACAUUUUUCUUAAAUGUUUAUAAAGAUGUUGACCUAACAGAUAGUGAACUCCAUUUAAGAUUAGUGAAGUUAUGCAUUUGCCUUCUCUUAUCUCUGGAAACUAAGCAAUAUUAAAGGAUCAUUUUAGAGCAAGA